AUGAAGACGACGCAGACCCGUCUUGCAGCUAUUGCAGCUUUGACAUCAGGCGCUUUCGCCAUCACUUGCGACAAAGACUCGUUGCAGUCUGCCUUUUCUUCGAUUGCUACCGUCGAUUUUGCGCAAUGGUUGCCUGCCAACUCGACCUUCACGGUCCCCAAGACCGACAUUGCCUAUCCGGUCUCGCCAACUCAGCUACGUGCUGCGUGUGCUGUUCAAGUGUCGGUCAAGAAUGGCACUUCGAACUACGGCUUCGGAGUCUUCUUGCCUGAUGACUGGAAUGGCCGUUUUCUAGCCGUCGGAAACGGUGGGUUCGCUGGUGGUAUCAACUGGUUAGACAUGGCUGCCGGCCUUGGUUAUGGCAAUGCUGUCAUGUCUACUGAUACCGGACACAACAGUGUUUCGAGCAAUGGUACCUGGGCAUAUAACAACGAGGGUGCUGUUCUGGAUUGGGGCUACCGCGCUAUGCAUGGCUCGGUCGUAUUGGCCAAGGAAUUGACCACUGCGUACUACUCCAACAAGAUUCUUUACUCAUACUACAGUGGUUGUUCUACCGGCGGCAGACAAGGUCUCAAGAACCUUCAACUGUUCCCAGAAGACUUUGACGGUGUAGUCGCUGGAGCGCCUGCCUGGUGGACGAAGCACCUUCAGCCCUGGACAUCCAAAGUCGGAAGCUACAAUCUACCUAACACAUCCGCUCACCACAUCCCACCCUCCCUCUUCCCCGUCAUUGGCGCAGAAGUGAUCCGUCAAUGCGACGGCGCAGAUGGUGUAGUCGACACGAUUGUCUCUGACCCAAAUGCUUGCGAUUUCCAGCCCGACUUCCUCCUCUGCACGCCCAACAAAACGACAUCGUGUCUCACUUCGCCUCAAUUAGACACCCUGCAUCAGAUCUAUAGCGAUUACGUCGACACAAACCAGACGUUCGUGUUCCCCCACCUCUGGAUGGGCAGCGAAGCCCAAUGGGUACCGCUGCUUGCUGGCCUGACCAACCAACCUAACAACCUUGGUCCUGACUAUGUCAAAUACUUCCUUGGCCGCGGACCUCAAUGGCAGUGGCAAGACUUUGAUUACGGCGUCAUCCAGCAAGCUGAUGUCCAAGACCCUGGCAAUGCAACUGCCGAUGACUUCGACCUAUCACCCUUCCUGGCUCGUGGAGGCAAACUUCUCCACUACCACGGCAUGAGCGAUGGGUUGAUCCCAACUGGAAGCUCCGUCUAUCUCCACUCACAGAUACUGCGAACAUUGGCACCUAAAGGCAUAUCUCUGGAUUCAUUCUACCGCUUCUUCCUUGUUCCUGGAAUGCAACAUUGCGCCGGCACUCCCAGCACUGUAAACGCUCCCUGGUAUUUCGCAGGUGCCAAUCAAGCAGCCGGACUUUCAUCUAGUGCAUAUGGCGUUCCUGGAUUCAGGGAUGCCAAACACGAUGUGCUGCUUGCCAUGAUGGAUUGGGUGGAGAAGGGCGUCGCACCGAACGAGAUCGUUGCGACCAAGUGGGUCAACGAUACUUUGCAGGAUAAGGUCAUGAGACAGAGACCCCUUUGCAUGUUUCCAAAGAAGCAGAAGUGGAGUGGAAAGGGUGAUGUCAAUGCAGCAAACACUUGGUCAUGCGAGUAG